UUUCUUUUUCUUUGAAAGAGAUCAAAGAUGUGGAGCUUUCAGAAACUGUUCUUCACUCUGUGUUCAGCUCUGAGCUGUGUGCGCAGCGCUGCAGGUUUGAUCCGCGUGUUUGGAUAUGAAGGUACAGAUGUGAAGGUUUCCUGCUCGUAUCCUGAGGGAUAUGAGAGUUACCAAAAGUACCUGUGUAGGAACGACUGCGAUUACAGCGACGUCCUUAUUACAACAUCACAAACAAAUAAACCCAGACACUCCAUCUACGAUGACAAAAGGACCAGAACCUUCACAACAACAAUUUCUAACCUUCAGUCAACCGACGCUGGGAAAUACUGGUGUGGGGUGACGAGGAAUGGAAAAGAUCUCUACACCGAGGUAAAACUAGAAACGAAACAAGACAGAUGCUGCGACACGGUGAACAACAUCCAAGGUAACGAAGACGGUUCAGUGACCAUCAGCUGUCCGUACGACUCUCAGUCUGUCAACAAGCUGAAGUUCUUCUGCAGAGGAAACCGGCCCUCCACAUGUCUACAGCAGGCAGUGAUCACCUCUAGCAACACACAAGAUGGACGAUUCAGACUCUCUGAUGACAGGAAGUCAGGAAUAUUCACAGUGACCAUUUCCAGUCUGACCCUGAAGGAUUCUGGGUCGUAUCUUUGUGGAGUCCAGAGAAACUCAGGAUUUGAUGUUUUCACUGCUGUUGAGCUGGAGGUCAAAGAAUGGUGCUGUGUGAAGUCAAAGGUAAUUAGCAAAACUGCAGGACAUGAAGUAACCUUGCAGUGCCCUUAUCCCCCUAAUCACCAAAACAACAGGAAGUUCCUCUGCAGAGGAAGUCAACGCAGCAACUGCACAGACAUGAUGAAGGGUCAAAGCAGGUUCUUAGUGCACAGUGAUUUCUCCGGGGCUUUCUCGGUCAAAAUCACACAGCUGGAAGCAGGAGAUGCCGGAACGUACUGGUGCCGUUCAGAGCCAGAAUGGAACGUCGGAAAUUACACCCAGUUUCAUCUGUCUGUAGCCACAGUAGAAGAGGAACAGAACGCGGCCAAAAAGAAAACGCUCCAGGCGCUGCCAACCCAAGGCAUCACAACGGGUUAUCAGCACCAGAGCAGCACAGUGAAAACUGGCCUGACAGCUGCACCGCCGGUCUCUAAGGAACUCAUUGAAGGGCUUCCAGACGUCGCUCUCUAUUCUCUCGCUGCCGCCUUCGGUGGGCUGCUGCUGCUGCUGACUGUCAUCCUGGUCUCGGUUUUCAAGAGCAAAUGUGGCAAAGUGAAAGGAGUCGGAGUCGUUGCAGACGGAAAAAAGCUCGACUUCGUGGAAGAGCAGGAGGUGUGUGGGGGAGACGAUGUGUAUCAGAAUCAUGACUCUAUAGCGAUGAGAUCACAGCAGAUCGCCUCGUGGCAACAAAAUGCCAGCUGUCACGUCGAUGAUGUGGAUGAAGAGGAAGCCGACUACAAAAACGUCACAGCGGCUGAGGAUAUCUACUGCAACGAGGGUUUCUAUAAGUUAAAGUGAUGGAGAGCAGGUUCAGCGCUAAACCAAUACACAGAUAGUCGGUUUUAAUGUGUGGCUUCUCUGAACAUAUUCAGAGGAGAAUAUUGUCUUAUUUUAAUGUUUCUUUUUCACUGCACACAUUUGUGUUUGUGGCUUGAUUUUAUUGAAACAAUCAUAUUAUUAUCCAUACAAAAAAGCUACCUGUUACCCACUUGUAAAUACAAGCAAACAAGUAGAGAUGAAAGGAACACACAUCUUAUUAACAGUUAUAUUUCGCAUAUAUAUAUAUAUAUAUGUACAUUAUGUUUAUAUGUAUUAUUCUGUAUUAGUGACAGUUUACUAUCAUUGUCGUUCAAUCAAAUGUGACACAAAAGUAAAUCACAGGUUUCACAUCUAAUUUUUGACCUGAAAAUGUGACUAAAGGAAAAAUAAUAGGAGC